AUGCGGGAAAAGGCAAGGAAAGCUUCAUCUAGUCAACCAAAGGCUACUGCAGAAGCUGAAAACAUGCUGAAGAAGAUGAAGGCUUUACAGUCACAAAUAUCUACUUUGCAUAUGGAAAUUGAUUCAAAAGAGAACAGUAUCAAGUUCCUUAAAUCAGAAAACAAGCAGUUAUCCAAAAAUCUUCAAACAAUGUCAGAUAAUGUUUCUAGAGAAAAGCAGUUACUAAUGGAGGAGAUAUCCCAAAUGAAGAAAUUGACUGAGGUAGUGAAAAGGGACAUUUCUUAUAAGGAAGCAGAACUAGUGAAACUUAAGUUGGAACUAGAGCAAUCAGUCAACACCAUGCAAGACAAAGAACACGAUAUCAGACUACUAGAAGUACAGUUGACUCAGCACGUUCAACAACAUGAAGCCGCGGAAGCACAACUUGCUGACAAGCGGUCGGAGUUUCUAAAGCUGCAGGCCUCUCUUCAUCAACUGGAGGAAAAGUACUAUACAAGUACAGCCUCUCUGCACGACCAGAUUGCUAAAGACCUCCGAGCAGAGAUCAGAAAACUGAGACAGCAGCUAAGGGACAAGGAAUUGUCAGCUGAGGAGGAUACAUAUCUAAGAAACAAACUGACAGAAGAUUGUGGGUAUCUUACUAAAACAAAUGCCCAGCUGCAAUCCCAAAUAUUGGAGCUUACUAGUGAACUAGAAAGGGAAAGAUUGCUUCAGGACAAGAAAAGUACAUGGCAUUCAAGGAAUGUUAGCGAGUUAUCUGUUUUGAAGGAGCAAGAAAGAGGACUGGAAAAAGAACUGAUUCAUUUGAAAAGAUUACUGGAAGAGGAAAACAAGAAGGUUCUUUCAGCAGUGGAACAGCUACGUCAUCUAGAGCAGGAAAGAAGUUCAGCACAAAUGCAUGGAUUAACACUUCAGACUGAAGUAGCAGAUUUACAAGACAGGCAUUCUGCUCUACUGCUGGAAAAUACACAGUUCCUUACAGAGAAAUCCCAUCUAGUGGAACAUAUUUCUCAAUUAAACAGACAGAUUGCAGAGAAAGAAGAUGAACUUCAUCUAAUGAAAGAACACACUCGCACUUUGUCAUACGAUGUCAGCAGUCUUAGAUCUCAGCUGGAGAGUGAAAUUUCAUUACAGUCUGAAAUGCAGAAAGAGUUUUCCAUCCUUAGAAAUGGCAUGAAAUAGAUUGCAGACAUGAAUACCAGAGUCCCCAAUCUCUCUUGCUGUGGAUUUUGCCAAUUUGUGCAAUUCAUAUUUUGUUUGCAUGUGUAAACAUUUGCAGCAAAUCUGUAGCCUAUCAGUGGAUCACAUACUCCAUUAUCUUUCUCAUACUGAAAUCUGUGAGUUUGAACUUGUCUGAGAUAAUUUUCAGUCGUGCUAGCUAAAUCUCCAAAUAUAGAUAUAGUAGACUGAAACAGAAAGCACAGCAGUAUAUGCAAAAAUGGUCAGUAAUCUGUUUUCAGGCCUGUAAUUACAUUUCAUUUCCAAAGCAAGACAGUUUUCAGAAUGUUUACAUAUUUUUUACUUACAAUACUUACCCUGGAAAGCAUAAGGUACUUGAAUUACCAUGGCAUCUAACAUGGACUUGUAUUUUUCUUUGCUAUAUGUGCUGUAUAGCCAAAUACAAACAUCAGGAAAGAGGUAUUUUAGACGGUUGCCGGUGUCAUAUUUACUCUGGAUUUGUACUUUACAAAUACACAAACACAGCCUCUCUCUCUCUCUCUCUCUCACACACACACACACACACACACACACACAUUUUACAGACUUCUUUUCAACCAUCUCCUAGAAGCAUAUGGAGGGAAACUUUUUAAGAUCAAAGCAUACAUAAGAUCUGUAUAUGCAUUUCAGGCCUAGAUGUCUAGAUUAAUAGCUCAGUAUGUCUAAUCAGUAUGCUUUGCUGCUUUAGUAAAAGAAACUACUAUUGGGUGAGCAGUACAGUGGAUAAUAUAAAAAUGUGAGUAUGGUUGUGAUAAAAGGUAUUCUGACAACACAUUCACAGCUAACAUGAAGCCGUGCUUAAAAAUAUGUGCAUCUGUAGCAGAAAGUCAGUCUUAUAUAAUGAGUACCGAGAUGACAGAUUGUUAGUCCAGCUGUCAUCUUUAAAACUGAUGUAUGGCUAGAAUAAUGUGCUGAAUCAUAUAAGUGCUAUUUCAUUUGCCUCAUAUGGACUUGCAGCAGUACCGGCACUGGGGGAUAACAUAUAUACCCAAAACAGUGAAGUAUAACACCUCUGGUAGUGUUUGGGUAGAAGCAGUAGCAGUAUUAUAUGUUGCACAGUGGGCCAUAUUCCAAAAGAUUUGCUUGGAGUGUAAGCGAUUUACUCCUAUUAAAGCCUAUCCAUAAAGCAGGCUUACACCAGAGCACACUUACACUGAAUAGAAAGUAGUUUAGAAUUGGGCCCAUUAAAGCAUGCUUAUUUUGUCUUUCCUGUUUGGCUGAUUUUUCUUUUAAAUCUGGAGCCCUAAUUUUAAAGAUCUUACACCAGAGUAAGUCACUUACAGUGGGAGCAAGUCUUCUAAAAUCUGGUCCCUGAAAUGUGUACCAUUGUUUACCAUGACAAAGCAGCAAAUGUAUUUUAAAAAAUUCAAUACUUAACUGUGUGUGCAAUUAAGAGGCAGCAACCCUUUUCCUUAUCUCACAUUACUCUGGGUCUAUUUUUUCUUUCAGAAUUAAUGAACAUAAUCUUUGUGUAAUUAAAUGUUUGUACAUGAGCCGAUUAUAAAAUAUAUUGGAACAUUA